AUGGAAGUGACUGGUCUUGCCGUUGGAGUUGUCGGACUCGCUGGUCUUUUUAGCGUUUGUCUAGACUCACUUUCCAGGUUUCAGUCUUACCGCGAGUCGAAUUCCGAAACCCAUGUUCUGUAUACCCGUUUCCGAGCGGCUAGAGCCCGGUUUGAACAAUGGGGAGUCAGCGUUGGCAUCUCCAAUGGGCGGCUACAGCCAAAUCACCAUGAUAGACUCGAUAACAAAAAGACGGCGGAUUUGAUUGAGGAUAUCCUUCAAAUUAUAGCAAAGACAAUCUGCAAGGAGUCAAUUCUUCGAGGAACUCGCACCGGAUCCCGAUUACAGAGUGGGCAACUCGGAGGCCAGUCGCAGUCUAGGGGCAAGCGCAUAAAAUGGGCGUUUGGCGGUAAAGAGAGUCGCAACGAGCAGGUCGAUGACUUCGAGAAACUAGUGCAGCAGCUUUAUAAUCUGAUUCCACCAGAGGACAAAAGUCAAAGUUAUGAAGGGUUAGAGAGCGAAGCAUGGGUAGAGGAUAUUCGCCAAAUGCUGGCCAAGAUCGAGGAAGGAAUUAAGUGUAAGUCUUGUGACCUCACACUAUCUAGCACAGUUCAGCUCACAGACUCGUGGCUCUCACCAGUGGAUUCAACGAAGCCAAGGGUGCUGUGGAUAAACGGGCCUGCAGGAUUCGGAAAGACCGUUUUGAGUGCUCAUAUCGUUCACCAUUUAUCUGAUGCUCUAGAUACGCCAGUGGCCCAUUUCUUUUUCACAUCUGAUAAUGAAAGCCGAGAAGAUCCAUUCUCUGCUCUCAGAUCAUGGCUGUAUCAGAUCGCAGCGAAGAACGAUGAUGCUUUUCAAUGUGUUCAUCGGACUUGGGAAAAUGACCCUUCUGAGAAGGCUUCUCGAAGAACUCUUGUUGACUUGUUCAAGCAAGUGGUGAAAGCAGUACCGGGUUGCCUAUUCAUCGCAGACGGAUUGGACGAAUGCUCUCAGUUGAGUAACGGAGAUGCAUCAGUUGCCAGGUUCUUACGAGACAUCACGAAUACCAUAGCUGGCUUCGACAUCAGAUUUCUGCUCGUUAGUCGAGACGAGCCAGAAAUCAGAGAAGCCCUCGAAGAGAAUGAAGAAAUCUUGUCAGAAUACAGGAUCGGUACCGAUGAUGUUGAGGCCGAUACAGCAGCCUUUUCCCAGUCUGUCGUUGAUAAAAAGCUCUCUAACAAGAGUAAGGGUCUCCGGUCAGCUAUCUCAGAGGCCAUGACAGUUCGAUGUCAAGGCCAGUUUCUGUGGAUUAAGAUGCAAGAGGAGUCUUUGCGGAAUGGAAUGAGCAAGAAACGACUACAUGAAGUGGUGGAGAAUAUGCCUUCCGGUCUUCAUCACCUCUACGAUCGCAACUGGAAUAGAAUCAUGAAUAUGUCUGAUUGGGACCGAGAUCGAACCUUUGCCCUUCUACGUUUGACUGCAUUCACAUUCCGGCCUCUUACUGUCUACACGGUGACCGAAGCUGUGUUAAUCACUCAAUUUCAAGAACUUGACCCUGACGAGUACCCCGAGAGUGUCAACAACGAGUAUAUCAGAACCGAGAUAAUAGGACUCUGUGGUCCCCUCCUGGAAGUCCAUGAUCACCCACAGCAUUCAUCACCCGGGAAUCGGACACUUCAUAUACCGCAUUUCUCCGUGCGCCAAUAUCUUGUUGAAAAUCUGCCACCGCCCGCAUGGAUGCAGGCAAACGACGUACUGAACAAGAAAUACGAAAGUCUACACCACACAGCUAUAGCACGAGCCUGUGUUCAGUAUUUGAGUUUGCCGCAAAUUUGGGAAAGGGAUGGUCAACCAUGUCUGUGUGUUGGAGCAUUCCUUGUCUAUGCCGCUCACAAUUGGAUGCACCAUGCCAGGCUGGGCUUGAUGGAUCCGUCACUUCUUGAACUUUCGAAAGGGUUUCUGCUACAAGAUAAGGCUCAAUUCAAGUCCUUAAUUAACUACCUUGCGGACCCCGAGGAUAUAAGCUUGGCUAAGAAAUCAGUCUUUCAGCCGCAACUUCGCCCUUUUGAAUAUGUGCUUUACGGAGGAUGGAUAAACAUGGUAGAUCAUCUUAUUGACGAUGCUGAUGUCAAUGAGAUUGGUGCUCUCGGGCGAUCACCUAUCUUUUCAGCCUGCCAUUCUGGCUCCGCAGAAACAGUCAAUUUGCUUAUUCGACGCGGCGCUGACUUGAGCAUUUCUGAUUCCCUAGGAUUGACAUGCCUUCAUUUAGCAACCGCCUAUGGUUUUGAAAAUAUUGUUAGGAUCUUGGUGGAGUCAAAAGUUGAGUUGUCACCACAGGAUCAUACAGGCCGUACACCAUUACAUCUUGCUUCAACAAGAGGCCACAUCAAGUGUUACCAAUAUUUACUCCAGCGAGGAGCCGAUGUCAAUAUUAGAGAUAAAUGGGGUGGUAAUGUUGUACACUACGCAUGUAUUCACGGCCAGGCUGAGCUACUAAGGUUCAUCCUUCGGAAUGCGCCCGACAAUUUUGCAACCGAUUAUUAUUACAGAUUAGGCUCGCCACUCAUUGUUGCAAGUCAUUAUGGCGAUGUCGAUAUGGCAAAGCUUCUUUUUGAGCAUGGGGCAGUGUCGUCCUUGUUUAUUACCGACACCCUUGGUAACCUACCACUUCAUUAUGCAGCAUCUUAUGGCCAUGCUGAACUUUUAGAACUAUUCCUAGAGCAUGGUGGGGAAAGGACACUGUCUGUUUCGAAUGCGGCUGGCAUCACGGCACUUCAUCUUGCCUGUGGUGCGAGAGAGCGCGAUAGAAUUAUCAGUCUUCUUCUUCGCCCAGGAGUUGAACAGUCGCUACUGACGGGAGACGAGGAGGGGGACACACCACUAUAUGUGGCGUCUGCAGCAGGAUACGCCAGUUAUGUCAAGUUAAUACUUCAGUACUCAGAGCCAGAGCACCAACGUCUCCUAGAAAUGAGGAACAGGAACCUCGAGACGCCAUUGUUUGUUGCGUCAUACAACGGGCAUACCGAGGUAGUGAAGACACUACUAGAGCAUGGAGCAGAAACUACUCUUCAUGUCCUCAACUCUCACAACAUUAGUCCUUUAUGGGCAGCAUCAUUCAAUGGCUCUAGCGAAAUUACCAUUACAACUGCUGGUUUAGGAGGUGAAACGCCGUUACAUGCCGCCACGACCGAGAACCAUGCCGAAGUAUUAAAGCUUCUUCUGGAGGUCCCUGCUGCCCCCGUUAAUCAAAAGACUACUUACGGCUUCACGGCUCUAUUCAUCGCCUCAAGAAAUGGAUAUCACGACAUGGUAGACGAAAGCUGGCUGGGCUUGAGUCCCUUAUUUACGGCUGUGGCUAAUGGACAUCUCGAAGUUGCAAAACUGCUCCUCUCCAAAGGAGCCCAUCUACAACCCUGGGAAGCCCUCAUCAGUACCGCCAGUGGCUCGUGCAGUCCUCUACUUGGUCCAUUCACCAAUUUGGAGCCUCUAUCUCGCGACGCGGAAGCUUUAGACUUCACACCCGGUGCUUUCUGGUGUUAUGUUUGUACCUUGGGCGUACGGGAUGACCAAGAGUUCCAUUGCGUCGAGUGCAGCGAUUCUUACAUGUUUCUCUGCCCAGAAUGCUUUAGUCGAGGAUUCCAGCUGUGUCCGAGAUUGCAUGUUCUGGUUCCAUUUCAGUCUGAUGAAUCGGACAGUCAAAGCAAUGAAGACGGUUCCAUAGAUUCGAAAGAUUCAUAG